AUGCAGCCAAGUAGGAUGCUGGAACUGCUGCAUACAGAUCGAGAAUUUCUUAUCUAUGGAGUCUGGGUGGCAACAAUAGGCUCCCUUUGUGCAGGAGUACUGUUUGCAGCAUUGGCUGCUAUAUUCGCUGUAAUAAAUACAGCUACCACACCUAGUGGAUCACUUACCGGUGUUCCUGGAUUGUACCUGUGGAACUUUUUUACUUUAUUUUUUAAUUUGGCAGCUGUUAGUUUGUGGAUAACACAGUUCUAUCAAAAGCUUCAGUACAAUGUAAUGAGUAUGGAAGACCAGCGAAAUAUGUGGUCAUCUACUGACAUGGCCAAAUUUGGAUACUCCUUUUGGUUUGUGGUUGGAGCUACAAUAGCAAGCUUUGUAAGCUUAGUUAUAAUAUACAUUGGCACAAGUGAGGGGCGCCAGAAGAAAACUCCACAACCAAUGAUUGAAGAAAAAUCAAACGGUGCCAUUAUGCUGUACUGAGUACUUAAUAAUGCUUCAUUUUCAGCAUUUUCAAUAUUUUAUUAAAUCUUGUUCUUCAAGGUUAAUCUUCCAAGGUAAAUCAUAUACAGGAGGUGAAACAUCUUCACCCUAAUCUCUGUGAGCUUGUAAUAAAUUUAUGAUCUAAUAAUACAAUUAUGAUGGAACAAUGCAAACAUGAAACACUCAAGAAGCCCAAUUCUUGAAGAAUUUGUUUUAUGAAGUCAUGUGUUGGACACCCAAUAAGGACUUAAUGUAAACAAUAUGUCUGAAAGACUGAUUGAACUAUUGUAGUUAAUGAUCUUCAAACAUUUUACUAAUAUGGAAUACUUAGGAAGAAUGAGGUAAUUUUCCUCAUUGUGUGUGCAUUAUAGCAUAAAUAUGUGUUCUGUGAACACAAAUGUAUUAUACUCAUUUUUGUGUUCACUACCUGUGUUUGUCUAAAAACAUAGGCAGAUCAGAAAAGGAAAAAUCGUGUUAAACAAUCACUCUUUAACGGGGAAUCCCAGCGAAGUGAACUGAUAAUACUAUCAAAAGUUUGCUUACAGUAACAGUUUAUAACUUAGCACUAUCAAAAUGUUUCACACUUAUCAUGUGCAUGGAAGAUCACUGUACAGCAUGCCUUUUUGACUAUUUACAUUCUGUACAUAUAUUC